AUGGCUGAGGAUGAUAUUGCCGCCCUUGUCAUCGACAACGGAUCUGAUACGUGCAAAGCUGGCUUCGCUGGAGAUGACGCUCCCAGAGCUGUGUUCCCUUCAAUUGUCGGGAGACCUAGACGUCAAGGAAUGAUGGUGGGUCAGAAAGACAGUUAUGUGGGAGAUGAGGCUCAGUCGAAUCGUUGUAUCCUGACACUGAAGCGUCCGAUUGAGCACGGUAUAGUGACUAACUGGGAUGAUAUGGAGAAGAUAUGGCACCACACAUUCUACAAUGAAUUGCGUGUAGCUCCAGAAGAACACCCAGUAUUGUUGACCGAAGCUCCAUUGAACCCGAAAGCGAAUCGUGAGAAGAUGACGCAGAUCAUGUUUGAGACUUUCAAUGCUCCAGCUAUGUAUGUUGCUAUUCAGGCGGUGUUGUCACUGUAUGCAUCUGGUCGUACAACUGGUAUAGUGUUGGACUCCGGUGAUGGUGUGACCCAUACAGUUCCAAUCUAUGAGGGUUAUGCAUUGCCUCAUGCUAUUUUACGUCUGGACCUUGCCGGCCGAUAUCUUACUGACUAUAUGAUAAAGAUGCUGACUGAGAGAGGUUAUAGUUUUACUACUACUACUACAGUUUUUAGAACGUGA